GACCAUUCGAUAAGUUGGAUUCGUAACGUGUUACGCGCUGCUGACAUUUUUCUUUGCUAAAAAUCAAAUCCGGAAUCGUAAAAACACGUUCCGCCGUAAUAUGCGUUUAAGUUUGGACGGUUGCGGAUUAUUGAUGCGAACAAGAAACGUCUGUCCAACGGGGAAUAUUUCGUGUCACACCGUCUGCGUCAACAAACGAAAAUCGUCCAGGAAGUUUUGUUCGGACGCCGUCAUGGGUUCCGCGUGGAGGAUGACGUUGAGCGUGUCGAACACUCAACUCUUUCUCUGCUGAGCCCUUAGGGUCCCAAAAAUUUCAUCACCCACACGAGGCGAUUUUGAAUCCGUUUCGAGAUGGUAUUCACCGAGUCCGUUCCCGCUUGCUCCGCAUCAUGGCGAGAAACCGCAGGAACGAGCCCCCACCCGCGACCAAACAUUACAAGCAGAUCGCCCACAACGCAACAGGCAACACCGGCACCAACAGUACUACGCCAUGGAGGACCUGGUCGACUAUAUAGACGCAGGAUCUGUCCAAUUCGUAAAUCCGUACGAAAUCAAUCCAGUUAUAGGCGCGAACAUGUCGCCCGUAACGGAUCCGCUGCAGCAGUACCCGACCCAAGAGGACGUAGACAGCGGCUUGUCGGGUGGGACGUCGCCCCCGACACUCGCGGACGUCAAAGUCAAAAUGGAGGAGUUCGGCGACCUCACGCACCUCGUCGCACCCUUGACAGAUGAAUUAUCGACCCCGGUUUUUGAAAAAGACGCAUUCGAUUUUACCACUUACGUAACGCGGAAACCAACCAAGACCAAUAAUAAUGACACCUACAACAUAAAAGUCGAGUCGUGCAAUGCGUACGCGCCAAACGCGGACAAACACGUAUUCAGCGGCGACUUAUUAUUUGCCGGACUCGAAAACGAAGUCCCAAUACUACUAGAUACAUAUAGCGAUAAGGACGUCGAAUCUGGCGAUCAGAUUAUAUCGACUUUAACCGACCCGAUCGUUCAGAGGACUUCGUCCGUAUUAUAUUCGACGACGACGGCGGCGGCACCGACGUAUAUUACGCGAGACGUUUCGUCCCCGAGCCGUCUUCAGUACGGCGCGCCGGUCACGCCCGAGGACAGCGACAGCUGCGACGACGCGAAGCGGCAGCUGAAGCUGAAUUUCGGAGUUUUCGGCGGAGCUCCCGCGAAGCCGGCCGUUUCCCUCAACACGCCCGACAUUAUCGAGGAAGUGGUCGACCUAGCGGGAGACAACUUCAACAUAUUGGACCUGGUCGACAACGAGGACUUGCAAGCCCUCGGAGUAGAAGACGACCUUCUCUCGUCAUUAUCGAGCCCACGUGAUCAUCCCCCCUCUACCCCGUCGACCCCUUCGUACGCUUCGUCGACGAAGAGGCCUCGCAAACGGAGGUACUCGUUCGAAGAUGACGACGAGGACGAAGACUACAAGCCUCCGACGUCGAAGAGGAGGCCGUCGACGGUGCGUCUGCGCGACAUCGACGUCGAGGCGACGUCGUCCGACGACGACUACGACGAAGGGGCCGCGAAGCGGCGCACGCCCAAACGACGGGGCUCCGCUGGGGGCCGCGUGGACCACUACAGGGAACUGCGCGACAAAAACAACGAAGCGUCGCGAAAAUCGCGACUGAAACGGAAAAUACGGGAGCUCGAGUUCGAGAAGGAGGCGGACGAGCUCCACGUGAGGAACAUCAAGCUCAAGGCGCAGGUCGAGGAGUUGGAGAAGAUGGUGUCGACGUUCAGGAACAACCUGUUUCAAAUAUUAGUUAAGAAGUGAGCGGGAGGAGGGGGCGGGUUCUGCCGUUGGGCGGUGAGCGUGGGUGGUGAAGUUUCGUCGUUAAUUUUUGUUGAGCCCCAUGGAUGUAAAUAUAUCAAGUUAUUUUAGCUGAAUAAUUACAAUUUUUACCGUGGAAGAUGUUCGAAUAAGUGUUUCAUAGCCCCAAGUGGCCACUUUCGGGCCACUCUCGUUGAUUUUUUCGACAAAUCAUAGAAAAGUUUGGGAAAACUGCAAUAAUUUACUCUAGCUAAAUAAUUACAAUUAUUUUUCUCUGCACUCUUCGAAGCAGUUCGAGUAAGUUUUUUGUAGUCCUUAAAAGUAACCAUUUUGGGGCCACUCUCGUUAAUUUUUUAGUCUUUUUUGUUAAAUCAAUAAAUUAAUACAGAAGUUUGAGAAAAAUACAAUAAUUUACUUUAGCUAAAUAAUUACAAUUUUUCUCCGCACUCUUCGAAGAAGUUGAAGUACGUUUUUUGUAGUCCUUAAGAGUAGCCAUUUUGGGGCCAAUUUCGUUAAUUUUUUCGUCUUUUUUUUUUUGAUCAAUUAAUAAAUUUAUAGGGAAGUUUGGGAAAAAUACGAUAAUUUACUUUAGCUAAAUAAUUACAAUUUUUCUCUGCACUCUUCGAAGAAGUUGAAGUAAGUUUUUUGUAGUCCUUAAAAGUAGCCAUUUUGGGGCCACUCUCGUUAAUUUUUUCGUCUUUUUUGUUAAAUCAAUAAAUUAAUAGAGAAGUUUGAGAAAAAUACAAUAAUUUACUUUAGCUAAAUAAUUACAAUUUUUCUCUGCACUCUUCGAAGAAGUUGAAGUAAGUUUUUUGUAGUCCUUAAAAGUAGCCAUUUUGGGGCCACUCUCGUUAAUUUUUUCGUCUUUUUUUUUUGAUCAAUUAAUAGAUUAAUAAGGAAGUUUGGGAAAAAUACAAUAGUUUACUUUAGCUAAAUAAUUACAAUUUUUCUCUGCACUCUUCGAAGAAGUUGAAGUAAGUUUUUUGUAGUCCUUAAAAGUAGCCAUUUUGGGGCCACUCUCGUUAAUUUUUUCGUCCUUUUUUUUUGAUCAAUUAAUAGAUUAAUAGGGAAGUUUGGGAAAAAUACGAUAAUUUACUUUAUCUAAAUAAUUACAAUUUUUUUCUGCACUCUUCGAAGAAGUUGAAGUAAGUUUUUUGUAGUCCUUAAAAGUAGCCAUUUUGGGGCCACUCUCGUUAAUUUUUUCGUCUUUUUUUUUUUUGAUCAAUUAAUAAAUUAAUAAGGAAGUUUGGGAAAAAUACAAUAAUUUACUUUAGCUAAAUAAUUACAAUUUUUCUCUGCACUCUUCGAAGAAGUUGAAGUAAGUUUUUUGUAGUCCUUAAAAGUAGCCAUUUUGGGGCCACUCUCGUUAAUUUUUUCGUCUUUUUUUUUUGAUCAAUUAAUAGAUUAAUAGGGAAGUUUGGGAAAAAUACGAUAAUUUACUUUAUCUAAAUAAUUACAAUUUUUUUCUGCACUCUUCGAAGAAGUUGAAGUAAGUUUUUUUGUAGUCCUUAAAAGUAGCCAUUUUGGGGUCACUCUCGUUAAUUUUUUCGUCUUUUUUUUUUUUUGAUCAAUUAAUAGAUUAAUAGGGAAGUUUGGGAAAAAUACGAUAAUUUACUUUAUCUAAAUAAUUACAAUUUUUUUCUGCACUCUUCGAAGAAGUUGAAGUAAGUUUUUUGUAGUCCUUAAAAGUAGCCAUUUUGGGGCCACUCUCGUUAAUUUUUUCGUCUUUUUUUUUUGAUCAAUUAAUAGAUUAAUAGGGAAGUUUGGGAAAAAUACGAUAAUUUACUUUAUCUAAAUAAUUACAAUUUUUUUCUGCACUCUUCGAAGAAGUUGAAGUAAGUUUUUUGUAGUCCUUAAAAGUAGCCAUUUUGGGGCCACUCUCGUUAAUUUUUUCGUCUUUUUUUUUUUGAUCAAUUAAUAGAUUAAUAGGGAAGUUUGGGAAAAAUACGAUAAUUUACUUUAUCUAAAUAAUUACAAUUUUUUUCUGCACUCUUCGAAGAAGUUGAAGUAAGUUUUUUGUAGUCCUUAAAAGUAGUCAUUUUGGGGCCGCUCUUGUGGAUUUUUUCGUUUUUUUCCAAUAAGGAGAGUCAAGAAAAAUCAAAAUGCGAAGAAGAAAUUUCCUGUAUAGCAUAUUAAAUUUGAAAAAUAUAUAAAAUAGCUAUAAAACACAUUAAAAAAAAACAAGCAUUUAGUUUAUGCAAAAAUUUCGGAAAAAUAUAUUAAUUUACUUUAGCUAAAUAAUGCACUCUUCAAAGAAGUUUUGGUUAGUUUUUCAUAGUCCUUAAAAGUGGAUACUCUUUUAUCUCUUACCAAUGUUAAUUUGCUUUUUCAAAAAAAAAAAAAAAAUCCGAAGAAGAAAUUUCCAUAGGUUAUUAAAUUUGAAAAA